AUGGACGACUACGACUUCAUGCAGUAUUACGCAGCAUUAUCAUUUGAUUUUCUCGACCAAAUCGUCCAGAGGACAGACCAGCACGACCAUGAAAAUACAUCACUCGAAAGCCUCUACAGCAAAUCGGAACCUCUAGGGACAACUCGCACUGCACUUUCACCGGACUCUGAAUAUCGGGGCUCUGGAUAUCGGGACUCUGGAUAUUCGAGCUCUGGAUAUCGGGGCUCUGGAUAUUCGAGCUCUGGAUAUCUGAACUCGCAAUCCUCGGUACCCUCGGAUGUAUUACCCUUGAUACCAAUUAAGUUACAACCGGAGGAAAUCCAAGUACCAUCCCCCGCACCUCAGCCUUCUCCGCCGAGCAUCAGAAAUACCAAGCCCCAAAAUGUCAAAACGAAACCGAGAUAUGUUUGUCCUGUCCCAAGCUGUUUACGCGAAUAUGUUCGCAAGUCCUACUAUGUCAAUCACAUAAAGUCAAAACACCCCGAUCAUAAAUUGCCUGUCGAGACAGAUCCAACAUUACCGCCGUCUCUCGAUGCUGAGCCCAAGAAAGACGCGCCAGACCAGAGGGAUUUGAGCACGGAAAACCCUACUCUUGAAGAGCAUUUUCUAGAGCCACCUGUUUAUGAAUGGUUUGAAGAGGUUCUCAAUGAUGGAGACACAGUCCCUUCGAGUCAGGGACUGUGGCCAAUAGCCUCUUCACAGCAAUCUAUCAUUCCUACCCCCAGCCAACUACCCUCGUCUCUCACUCUUUCCUGGACGAACUCCUCGAAUUCGCCAUGGUUCGAAUCGGAUGGAGAAGCGUCUUUUGUGGCCGGCGAUAACUCUGUCAUUUUGACGAAUUUCAGUGAUGUAUCUACCUCAGCCGCGCGGCUGGCAUCGCUUGCUUCACGGCUCGUUACGCUUUACCUUGGACAGACAGCUGGGCCUCGAGAUGGUAGUGAGACUUCCUCACAGACAAGUCCUAGCUCGAGCAUGUCUAGCCAAGCGAACAGGAAUGCUCCUUCAAGCUCUGUCACAACGUCGCCGUCAAUUGAGAGAUCUCCACAGAAGAGACUGCGCCCUAAUGACAAGGAGGACGAGUCAAGAGACAGAAAAGUCCCCAGAACGUCCGACGUCUCGCCAACUGGCACAGACUCGAGACUCCUGGCUUGCCCGUACUCGAAAUUUGACCCAGCCCGGUAUUCAGAACGCAAUGAGCACGAACAGAAUUAUCGAGGGUGCUCAAGCUGUUUUCUCAAAGACAUUCCACGCUUGAAGCAGCAUUUAUAUCGUGUCCAUCGGCGACCUGAGCAUCACUGCCCGACCUGCUUCUCAUCUUUCGACUCGAAAGUCGUCUUGGACGCCCACAUUGUCGAGAGAUCUUGUCAGCAGCGCGUCUCUCCCUUUGAAGAGAAGAUGACCCAAGAUCAACUGAUGGCGAUCAAAAGGCGCGAAAUAGGUCGAAUGCGCUCCGAUGCAUGGUUUGGCAUCUACAAAAUCUUGUUUCCGAACUCGCCGUUGCCCCUGGAUCCGUAUGUCGACAGCAUCCACGCGGACACGGUGCAGAACUUUAUUGCUUUUUUUGAACGCGAAGGGCGAGUGGUUCUAGCGUCGGAGAUCAAUCAACGCAUGUUUGGUGAGGUGGCCACUACGCCUGCGGAGCAGGACUUCGUCGACAGGGUCCUCGCGGAGUCGAUAAACGUGCUGCUUCAGCGGCUUAAUUCGCGAUUCAGACAACCAUCGUCAUCCGAUACUACAUAUGUGUAA